AUGAACAAACGACGUUAUCAGCGGCGAUUGGUUGAGAACCUUUUAGCAUAUCAAACACAGGCGAUCUGCCAAGUCGCGAUCAGGACCACUCGGUGCCGGUUGCUGCCAGUAAGGUUGCCAUCGGUGACUACGAAGACGAAGACGACGAAGACGAGGACGAGGAGGAGGACGGCGGUGGUGGUGGCGGAGGAGGAGGAGGAGGCGGCGGCGGAGGAGACGGUGAACCCGGUGAAGGAGGCAGUGCCAGUGACGAUAGUGGUGUUAGUGGUAUCGGUGGCGAAAGUGUUUACGGUGGUUGUGGUGGCGGUGCUGGUAUCGGCUGCUGUGGUGACGACGGCGACAGUCGCUGCCGCGGAAAGUGCCAAGUGCGACGAGGAGAACGGAAUUAAAGAGGUAGAGAGGUGGUGGUGGUGGAGGAGAAGUUCCGCCCGGAGGUCGUUUCACCCUCUUCGUGGCGACGGGGCCGUUAUCUGGCCGCGCUGUUUAGCAGCUGCUGGUGAGAGAGGAAGAGCGUGAGGGUGGCAUUUGUAAAG